AUGUCGUCCUCAUCAUCAUCAAAAAGACAAUUGACGAUUCUUUUCACACCAUUUGAUGCAUUUGGUCAUGUUCAUGCUUGUAUUGGGAUAGCUGAACCACUGAAACAACGUGGACAUCGAAUUGUGUUUGGAGUAGCAGGAGGUUGGCAAGGAAAAUUAUUACCUUAUGGCUUUGAAGAAGUUUUGUAUGGUGAAGAAACAAAACCAUCACAAGUACAUAUAGAUUUUAUUAAAAAUUAUGCUAGUGAAUUACGAAAAAAUUCUUAUGAUCAAUUAGCAAUUUUUGAACAUGAUUCUCAACGUGAUUUUAUAAGUAUGGUUAAAAAUGAUGAUCCAUUUCUUCGUGAUUUAGUAAAGAAAGUAAAACCUGAUAUUAUUAUUGUUGAUCAUUAUGUUUGUCAACCAUCAUUAGUAACAGCAGGAGUUCCAUGGGUUUGGUUAAUGUCAGCUAAUCCAUUGGGUCUUAACGAAGAAAAUUGUCCACCUCGUGGCUCAGGUUAUCCAACUGACGGUGACCGUAGUCAAUGGGAUGAAUUUAGAAAAGAACUUAAAAGAAUUUAUGAACCACAAUGGGAAGAAUUUAAUCAAUGGAUAACCGAACAAGGUGCACCACCAUUGACUAAAGAAAUGUGGCCAUUUUUUCAAAAUGCAUCACCUUAUCUAAAUCUUUACUUGUAUCCAGAAGAAACUGAUUAUAUUGAUUUACGACCAAAUCCACCCAAAUGGUUUAGAUGUGAUGCAUUAGUACGAACAUCAGAAUCAAAUGAUGAAUUUCGAUUACCAGAAAAAUUAGCUAAUAAACCUGGAAAAUUAAUCUUCUUGUCAAUGGGUUCAUUUGGUUCAGCAGAUCUAUUGUUAAUGAAACGAUUAAUAGAUAUUUUAGAAAAGUCACCUCAUCGAUUUAUUAUUUCAAAAGGUCCAUUAGGUGAUGAAUAUUCAUUACCUGAUAACAUGUGGGGUGAAAAAAUGGUUCCUCAAGUACAAAUUUUACCUCUAGUAGAUUUAGUAAUUACUCAUGGUGGUAAUAAUACAAUUACUGAAAAUUUUUACUUUGGUAAACCAUUAAUUAUUUUACCACUUUUUGCUGAUCAAUUUGAUAAUGCACAACGAAUACAAGAAAAAGGAUUUGGAAUUCGAUUGGAUACUUAUUAUUGUUCAGAAGAAGAACUAUUGGAUGCAAUUGAAAAAUUAUUGGCUGAUGAAGAAUUAGCAGAAAAACUGAAAAUAUUAUCAAAAAAAAUGAGAGAAACAGACAAUAGAGCAAAGGUUGUAGAAUUAAUUGAAGCUCUUGUAUGA